AAAUCCCUCCUAUCGGUUUCUCCGUUCCCUCUGCUCUUACAAGACUCCUCUGUAAUUCCUGCAGUUACUUGCUUUUACCCACACCGAGACACAGAGAGAGAGAGAGGAACUUCAUUUUCCUAAUUCGGAAAGCUCAGUCGGAGACUUAAACCAUCACCAUCUCCAUCACCUCGAUCUCAAUCUCUUAGUGGAUCUAUCUUUCUUUCGAGAGAUCGGGGACGAGAAGAGGGGGGCUAUGGCGCAUAGGGUGGACCACGAGUACGACUACCUUUUCAAGAUCGUCUUGAUCGGCGACUCCGGGGUCGGCAAGUCUAACAUUCUUUCCAGAUUCACGCGCAACGAGUUCUGCUUGGAGUCCAAGUCCACCAUCGGCGUCGAGUUCGCCACUAGAACUCUCCAGGUGGAGGGAAAAACGGUGAAGGCACAGAUAUGGGAUACGGCAGGUCAGGAGCGAUACCGUGCUAUCACCAGUGCUUACUAUAGAGGAGCUGUCGGGGCACUGCUUGUCUAUGACAUAACUAAGAGGCAAACUUUUGACAAUGUCCAAAGGUGGCUUCGGGAAUUGAGGGACCAUGCAGAUUCUAAUAUUGUCAUCAUGAUGGUGGGAAAUAAAUCCGACUUGAGCCAUCUUAGAGCUGUUACAGAGGAUGAUGGUCAGGCCUUGGCUGAAAAGGAAGGCCUCUCAUUUCUUGAGACAUCAGCUUUGGAAGCGACAAACAUCGAGAAGGCAUUCCAGACCAUUUUGACAGAGAUCUACCAAAUCAUAAGCAAAAAAGCAUUGGCAGCUCAGGAAGCCGCUGCCAGUACCACUGUUCCUGGCCAAGGAACCACCAUCAAUGUUUCUGAUACAUCAGGGAAUGCGAACAAGAAAGCUUGCUGCUCUACUUAAGGUGGCAUUUGAGGGAGGGAAAACAUUUGCAAGCAGACAAAGCUUCUUUUUUCAUUUUUCACUUAUAAAUUUCCCCCUUUUUUUUCUCUUUUUUUCUUUUUUCUAUUUUUGGAUGAGAGAGAGACAUGUAGAGUAAAUUUUCACUUCAUGUAGUAAUGAUAAGAGAGAUUGUGAACGUUGUAAACAACAGAAUGGAUAGUACUUUUGGAGUGUCUGCUUUC